AUGGUCGCAACUCUAGCACAACCGCUGGGCACCUUCGGUGCCCAGCAGUUCUCCUUCUCCCUCGUGUUCGGCCUGCCCGACGAGCCGUGCCGCGCCCAGAUACUCAAACAGUAUGCAAAGCAGCUGCCAGAGGGCGACAUCGGCCGGCUGGCGGCGGGGACGGACGGCUUUUCAGGGCGUGAUUUGAGAGACAUCUGCGAGCAGGCGGAGCGCCGCUGGGCUUCCAAGAUCAUCAGGGGGCAGGCGCCGGAUGACUCACUGCCCCCCAUCGAUGAGUACCUGGCAGCUGCCUCUGAGCGCACGGCAGCAAAGGCGCACGGCGGCGGCGGCGGCGGCUGGGGCCGCGGCGGGGUCGCGCCGCUGCGGCGGGGCGGGCCGGGGGCCGUUUUGAUGUGA